UUGUUGUGAUGACCGAAUCUAUUAACCUUUCAUUAUCCUCACCCUCAAGUUUUCCGAGAAUAGUUUUUUUCCCCAGUGCACUGGGCCUUUUCAUAAUAUUCCCCAAACAAGACAGCUGUACUCUGGUCGUUUGUGCUUCGGCUAAAAAUUCAGGUUUAAUUAGUUCUAUCAACCCCCGCCCCAUAUAAUUCAUGACAUUCUUGAAAAUCUUCGCCAAAACCAAAAAAGUGAAGGUGUCGAUAAUCCUAUAUCUUCGAUCGCUGCCCAGAUGUCUCACCCAAAAACAGCAGAAACACCACAACCUGAACAAUUCAUACAGUAAAUACGGACUCGUUAAAGCUUCAAGUCACACCCACAGUGUAGUCCGGACUUCACCUCCCAUCUUGCUCCAUUCUUUCACCCUCCACCCGAUUGUCAGCAGAAGAAGCGUAAAUGACGUUUUGCAAGUGCGAAAUACUUCUGCACCGUUUUACCGCACGCACUUCUCCAGGCAGCAGCCGAUAUGGUUUCGCCAUCGAUCAGACGGGGCGCGGUUCUGGUGGCGUUUUCCGUAUUCCUGACACUGAUCCUGGGCUUCGGGCUGCCGGCGGUGCUGAACUUUGCCGCCGUGCGCUGCGGCUUUCCCGAAGCCAGCGUGGCCGAGUGUAUCGUCGCCGUCUAUCUGGUCUUCGUGCUGUAUGUGGCCAUGCCCUCCGUGCCCCGGGGAUCCGUGAAGAUUGCCGGUAAAGCGGUGCUGAUUACCGGCUGUGACAGCGGAUUUGGAUUCGCUCUGGCCAAACACCUGCACAAAUUGGGGUUUACCGUCUUCGCUGGAUGUCUGCUGAAGGAGAAGGGUGGAGAUGGCGCUACAGAGCUGGAGAAUAUGCACUCUGACAGGAUGAAGGUGGUGCAGCUGGACGUGUGCAGCGAUGACCAAGUGUCCCGGGCCUUGGAGUUCGUGAAAAGGAACCUGGAUGACCCUGAGAAAGGUCUGUGGGCGGUGGUGAACAAUGCUGGGGUCUCCACUUUUGGAGAGGUGGAGUUCACCAGCAUGGAAACGUACAAGCAGGUCUCGGAGGUGAACCUGUGGGGGACGAUCAGAGUGACCAAGGCCUUCCUACCUCUUAUCCGCAGGGCUGAAGGCAGAGUGGUGAACAUGGCCAGCAUGUUUGGGAGGAUGAGCAACGCCAUGCGAUCGCCGUACUGCGUGUCCAAGUAUGGAGUGGAGGCAUUCUCCGACUGCCUGAGGUACGAGAUGAAGCGCUGGGGCGUCAAGGUCGUCGUCAUCGAGCCCGGUAACUUCAUCGCCGCCACUGGCAUCCUCACGCGGGACACUGUGGCUGCCACUGCGGACAAGAUGUGGAAGGAGGCGCCUAGCGAUGUACAGGGCGAUUAUGGGAUGGGCUACUUCGAGCAGCAGGUCGCCGUUGUGCGGUCCUACUGCAGCAGUGGGCAGAGGGACGUAACGCCGGUCCUCGCCAACAUAGCCGACGCCGUCGUGUCCCGCUACCCGUACACCCGCUACAACCCCAUGGAGGUGCACUGGUGGAUCCGUAUGCAGAUCAUGACCCACCUCCCGGCAGCCAUUUCCGACAGGCUGUACUUUUGAUCCGGAACAUUCCGGAGGCCUGUCAGUCUGGUACGAAGUGUCACAUUCGCAUGGUUACAAAUACGUGCAAACAGAUUUUUUAUUCAGAUGAGCAUUUAUCAUUUUGUCACUUUAGAAAUGUCUUUAAAUUGUGAUUUAGCCUUAGAAGCGCACCAGCAUGGUUUGCGUUACGCGCUUUUACGCUCUGCAUUUCUGCUCUUGGAUACUGUCUUUGUGCAUUUUUUUGUUUUGGUGUCAGAAACAGUGCAGCUCCCCAUGGCUGCGCUACUGCUGGUUCCGGAAAAAUGAAAAUGUUCCAUGGUGUUUGGGGGGGGGGG